AUGUCUACCGUUGCUGAGCCCACGACCCAGACGUCUUCCGUCGAGUCUUCUCCUCGGUUGAAUGCCGUCGACGCUGCAAAGCUCGAUCGUGCGGAGGUCGAGUCCGGAUACGGUUCCGCCACAGAUGCCUCAUCGACAUCGUCGUCCGUCCCCGCGCUGCCCUUGAUCUCCCUCACCCAACCCCACCUGAAGCACCUCAACGACCAGCUCGAGAACAUGCACCCCCUCGACAUCCUCCGCUUCGCAAAGAUCAUGUUCCCCAACCUCUUCCAGUCAACGGCCUUUGGUCUGACGGGUCUCGUCACCCUCGACAUGCUCUCCAAGAUCCAAAAGGAGAACCCCGCGGCCGCCAACGUCGACCUCAUCUUCCUCGACACGCUCUACCACUUCCAGGAGACGCACGACCUGAUCGAUCGCAUCCAGGAGCGCUACCCCAACGUCGCACUUCACAUCUUCAAGCCCUACGGCGUCUCCUCCACCGAGGAGUUCGAGGCCAUGUACGGCCCCAAACUGUGGGAGACCGAGGCCGAGAUGUACGACUCGAUCGCAAAGGUCGAGCCCCUCCAGCGCGCCUACCAGGAGCUCGGCGUCGCCGCCAUCCUUACCGGCCGUCGUCGCUCCCAGGGUGGCGCCCGCGACACCAUUCCCGUCAUCGAGGUCGACGACGAGCGCGGCGUCAUCAAGAUCAACCCCAUGGUCAACUGGUCCUUCAAGCAAGUCCAGGAGUACAUCAAGACUCACAACGUCCCCUACAACGACCUCCUCGACCGGGGCUACAAGUCCAUCGGCGACUGGCACUCCACCGUCCCCGUCAAGGACGGCGAGGACGAGCGCGCCGGCCGCUGGAAGGGUCAGCAAAAGACCGAGUGCGGCAUCCACAAUAAGAAGUCGCGCUACGCGCAAUACCUCGAGGAGAUGGACCGCAAGGCCGCCGAGGCCAAGGCCGCCGCGUCUUCCUCGUCGACCGAGGCGGCCAUCGCGUCCGUCGUCACGGCAGAGAAGGAGGAGCAGGCCAUUGCAUCGCUCUGA